GCCUUCUUCCCUGGGGGGCGGUCUCUCGGUGAUGCAGGCGCCUAGACAAACACAGCUCGCGUAUCCAUACUCCUCCACGCCUUUCUUGGCCUCUCCUUUCCCAAUCCACGCUACGAGUCUGGGCAACCAAUCUGCCAAGGCAGCACCCUCAGUCCUUAAAAGCAUUGCCAUCCCACUUCUUUUCUUUGGCCUCCCCCCAGUCGCCGUCGUCGUCUCCCCAGUCAUCAGCAUUUCGUGUUUUUGGCAUCUCUAUCGAAUUCGGUUCUCGUGGCUUGGAAUCCUGCCUUUGCGAAUCUGCAUCUACGAACUCUCGCCUGCAUUUCUUACACAACGCUCACAACGUCAUAUCGCUAGACGUACACCACCCCAACGACAUCGAUCCGGAACCCCGAAAACCGAAUAGGAUCCGAAUAUCACAAUGGUCGCUCGUAGCCUGCCUCUUGCCGCCCUCGCGGCAAGCGCAUCCGCUCUAUCGGCUCGUCGCGACGAUACACAGUCUUCUGGUGGUGUCGGUGCCAUUUCUCUGCCCGUCUACCAAGACGUCAGACUGCACCCUCUGGACAAGCUGCGCAGAAGACAGGUCUCUGAUACAGACGCCCCAGUUCUCAACGUGACGACGACUACCUAUUUGAUUGAGCGUGGUGAACA